AUGACGAAGGCAGCUGUUCAGUCCUCGUCGGCGCCCGCCGUCGCCGCCUUCCUGUUGGUCGCCAAGAAGGCGCGCUUCUCGCCGUUCGUCUUGCUGUCGCUACUCUUCAUGCUCCUCUUCUCCUUCCUGUACGGAGAAGAGCUCGCGGCACUCAUCGGCCAGCGGGACCGACCACAUUCUUCAGACCUCGACGUCAACCUCAGCGCCGGUGGGCAUCAGCAACCGGCCGAGACGGAGGCGGGGUGGACGACGAAGAAGAAGCCAUGGCAGGGGAGGUUGCCGUUCGCGGUGAACGAGGAGGACGAAGACGAGGAGUGCGACGUGUUGUCGGGCAGUUGGGUAAAGGACGAGGCGGCGCACCCGCUGUACCGGGAGGAGGAGUGCCCCUACAUCCCGCCGCAGCUCACCUGCCAGGCGCAGGGACGGCCCGACAGGGGGUAUCAGUCGUGGCGAUGGCAGCCGCACGACUGCACCCUCCCCGCGUUCAACGCGACGCAGAUGCUGGAGACGCUGCGAGACAAGCGGAUGAUGUUCGUGGGGGACUCGCUGAACCGCGGGCAGUUCACGUCGAUGGUGUGCCUCCUCCAGUCCGUCAUCCCGUCGCCGGAGGCCAGGUCGUUCGAGGCGUCCCCGGACCAGCAGCACACCGUGUUCACCGCCAGGGACUACAACGCCACGGUGGAGUUCUACUGGGCGCCCUUCCUACUGCAGUCCAACGCCGACGACGCCGUGCUGCACAAGAUCUCCGACCGCACCGUGCGCAACGGCUCCAUCGCCCACCACGGCCGGCACUGGGAGGGCGCCGACGUCCUCGUCUUCAACACCUACCUCUGGUGGUGCAGCGGCCUACGCUUCAGGAUCAUGAACGGGCCGAUCGAGGAGGCGAAGGAGGAGGAGAUGGUGUGGGUGUCGACGGAGGAGGCGUACGGCAUGGCGUUCCGGGACAUGCUGCAGUGGGUCAGGGACAACAUGGACUUCAACAGCACCAGGGUCUUCUUCACCAGCAUGUCGCCCACCCACGGCAAGAGCCAGGACUGGGGGGACGCGCCGGGGGGCAACUGCUACAACGAGACGGCGAUGAUCGAGGACGCCGAGUACUGGGGCACGGACAGCCGGCGGAGCGUCAUGCGGGUGAUCAGAGAGAUCCUCGACGGCGAUGGCGCUGACGUGCCCGUGACUUUCCUCAACAUCACGCAGCUGUCCAUGUACCGCAAGGACGCGCACACCUCCAUCUACAAGAAGCAAUGGAACCCGCUGACCCCGGAGCAGAUCGCCGACCCCAGGACCUACGCCGACUGCGUGCACUGGUGCCUCCCAGGCCUCCAGGACACAUGGAACGAGCUCCUCUACACCAAGCUCUUCUAUCCUUAA